AUGGCAUUGGCAUCCUUCGUAGGUGAGGCUGUUUCAACAUGGAGCCUGCUCUGCGGCCUCGCUGCUCUGCUCCUUAUGUGGGCGGCCUCCCACGCCGCGGAGAGAUACUGUCUGAGGCCGCGGCGGCUCGGCCGGGCGCUCCGUGCGCAGGGUCUAAGCGGCACGGCGUACCGCUUCCCGGCCGGGGACUUCGCGGAGAACGUCCGGCUCAGCCAGGAGGCGCAGUCGCAGCCUAUGUCGCCGCCAUGCCACGACAUCGUUUCCCGCGUGUUGCCGCACCUCCAUCAUACAGUCAUGGAGCACGGUGAAGUCUGCAUCACCUGGUUCGGGCCGAUCCCCAGGGUCGUCAUCGCGAAGCCAGAGCUGGUGUCCCAGAUCCUGUCCAACAAGUCCGGCCACUUCGACAAGUUCACAAACAAUAGGCUGGGAGAGCUCAUAAGCCGCGGGAUCGGGAGCCUCGACGGCGAGAAAUGGGCGACGCGCAGGAGGAUCCUCAACCCUGCUUUCCAUCUCGAAAAGCUCAAGGGCAUGCUGCCGGCUUUCUCGACGUGCUGCGCCGAGAUGGUAGGCAGAUGGGAGAGUAAACUAUGUGCGGCUGGUGGAUCACACGAGCUGGACGUGUGGCAGGAGUUCCCGGACCUCGCAGGAGACGUGAUUUCCCGCACGGCGUUCGGCAGCAGCUUCGAGGAAGGACGGCGGAUCUUCCUGCUUCAGGUGGAGCAGGCCGAGAGGGUCAUGAAGGCCUUCCAGUACAUGUACAUCCCAGGCUACCUCUUCUUGCCUACCGAGAACACCAAGAGGAUGAAGGUGAUCAAGCGGGAGGUGGAAGGGCUCCUGCGAGGGAUCAUCGACAAGAGGGAGCUAGCAAUGGGGGACGAUGAUGGUGGCGGCGACUUGCUCGGCCUGAUGCUGCAGUCCAACAGGACGUCCGGUUCCGGUCAGAGGAUGAGCACCGAGGACGUGAUCGAGGAGCUCAAGCUCUUCUACUUCGCGGGGAUGGAGACCACGGCGGCGCUGCUCACAUGGACGCUCGUCGUGCUCGGCAUGCACCCCGAGUGGCAGGAACGGGCCAGGGAGGAGGUCUUGGGCGUCUUCGGCAGUGACGACACACCCAGCUUCGACGGGCUAAGCAGACUCAAAACGGCAAGUCCAUCAUCAUGUAAAAAUUCCCCUGUUCGAUUGUCCCCGGCCAUUGCUAACUAUAUACAUCCGAAUUCCCUUCCGAUAAUCCAGGUGACGAUGAUACUGAACGAGGUGCUGAGGCUCUACCCGCCGGCGGUGACCAUGAACCGGAAGACAUCCAAGGAGACACAGAUCGGGGGCAUCACGUACCCUGCCGACGUAGUCCUCGAGAUGCCCAUCAUCCUGCUUCACCACAGCCCGGACCUCUGGGGGGACGACGUGCUCGAGUUCAAGCCAGAGAGGUUCGCGGAGGGGAUCUCCAAGGCGACCAAGGACGGCCAGCCGGGGUUCUUCCCCUUCGGCUGGGGGUCCAGGAUCUGCAUCGGCCAGAACUUCACGCUGCUCGAGGCCAAGAUGGCGCUGACCAUGAUCCUUCAGCAAUUCGAGUGGUGGCUGUCGCCUUCCUACGCUCACGCGCCGUGCACCGUCCUAACGCUGCAGCCUCAACAUGGCGCGCAGAUUAUACUCAAGAGUCGCUGAUGGCCGACCGCUCAUCUUGUCCAGCUAUAGCAUCUUCGUUGCCAUGCUUAAAAUCC